AUGCACGCCACAUGGAAUUCCACUUUAAUUCCAGGCAGUCAAGAGAGUGGUAGUAAUUUACGGCAUGAUGCGACUCGCAUUAUUUCCCGUCGUGAUCGUAAUACUACACUAGAUUCAGAGAAUGAGAAUGAUAUGCUGGAGGUGGCAGCAUCAGUAGGAGGCAGUAAUAGUAGUCGUAGUAGUGCUGGUGGUGUUGGUGGUGGUAAUAGUAGUAACAGCACAACCACAUCACUGCGUUCAGCACGGAUCCUUCUAAACUCCUCCACUUUCACUGUAGCCCGUAGACGGUUUGUGCUCCUUGCCGCACUUCUUGGUCUUCAGUCUGGUUCGCAAUUAGUGCUGCAGCAGUAUGAGGAACUUAUUAAAAAUCAUGUAGUGAUUGUGCUCUUUUUAAGUAUGGUCGUUGGUGCUGGGGGAAAUGCCGGCAAUCAGGCAGCGGUCUCCGUCAUCACCGCACUCCUCGCCGCACGUGAUGGGACUAACAUUCCUCACAACACACACGGCAGGAAUGUGGAGGCGGCGAGAAAACGUUCCACUGUGGAGAAGGAAUGCUCCAUCGCAGUCUUAACAACAACAACAACAGCAGCACCUGUAGUCCCCACAGCAGGGAGAUCGUUUUGCAGGCGACUCGUAAAUUGUUUAGUGCGAUUGCUUCAACUGCCACGAGUACUGUUGGGACGCCGAUGGAGGCGUCUGUGCGGUGAUGCUGAACAUCCCGUUGGAAUUCCACUCGCUGCUGUAUUACGUUAUGAAUUGCUUGUGGGUUUAUGUUGUGGGUUAAUUCUUAUGACUAUUGGGGCGUUGCGCGUGGGUUUUUUUGUAUGGUGGGAUGAUGAGGAUUACAUCAGUCGUGGCUCCUCAAGUGGUGUGGCUUCAACCCAGUUGACCACAGGGUGGGGAAGUAAUGGGGCAAUUGUAGUCGGUCUCUCGCUUUCUCUUUUUUUGAUUGUAUUUCUCUCUGUAUUGAUUGGGGCAACAUUACCAUAUAUUCUGCUUUACUUUGGAGCCAAUGUUGAACACGCCGCCCCUAUUGUGCAAGUGCUGAUGGAUCUGCUAGGAACAUGGAUUUGCUGUACUACAUGUAAUGCCUUUUUGCCGUCCAUACUGGAAUCGAAUAAGACAGCGGGUUUGAAAGAGUAA